CAUACUCAAUUAGUAAAUAAAUAGAACUAACCGACUUGGCGGUGAUUUUUCCAUGUUAAAAUUAAAGCAAUCAACUGCCUUUAUUCAUAUAAUCAUAUUUUACCUGUGACAAAUCAAGACAAUGACAAAGGCCAGCCAAUAAUGGCUCGCAUUACCAAUAUCUUGGACUUGGAUCCCAGUUGUAUAUUAUACAUUUUUAAGCUCCUUAGCUUGGAGGACCAGUUGCACUUGGCCCGCUGUUGUCGCCUUUUUCGGGAUGCCUUCCUCUACCUGCACCGCCAUCAUUUCCAGACAGUCAUUGAUAAGGACACGAAUCUAAGGACUUUGGAAGAUUGGCACACAUUUUUGUGGCUGUGCGGUGGUCGUAUUCGUACCUUGGAGUCCCAUUUCGACGAUGACCAUCCACUGCAAUUGCUGCCGUUGAUCAGCAGACAUUGCUACAGAUUAGAGGAGAUCUCCAUAUUCAAUGCUACGGUGGCCCGCGCGCAGCCUUAUCUCUUGAGGAUUAGUUCUCUAAGGAAGGUGCAUGUGCGCAACUACAAGAGCACUAGCAAGGACCUAAUCAGGGGCAUACGAAUACACCUGCCGCGUGUUAACAGCUUAAGUCUGGAGAGCUUUGAUCGCAGGGAGUUACAAGAAGUGCGUCACUUCAGCGAAAUGAUUGAGCUUGGCUUGUACGAUGAGGUGACCUCCUCAGAGUUUGCCACAAUUGUAAAGUCCAUGCGGCAACUACGUUGCCUCCAGCUGCGCAACGCCAAACGCUUUCUGGUCACAAGCAAUCUUAGGAUGCUGACUACAAAUUGUCGCCAGUUGGAGAAGCUGACGUUUCACGACUGUGACGCCGAUCUUUUAAUCCUGCCGCAGUUUGCGAACCUCAAGUACCUGCAAAUAUACUGCCCGGAGGAGCUGAAGACGCGCCUUUUCAAGGCACUGGCGAAAAGCCAGUGCUCCACGCAGCUGGAGUACCUCAUCUUGCAUCGAAAACGUUGGGUUGACGAAGAGCAGGCGCAGUACAUCAGUGUUCUGAAGGCACUCCGAUGGCUGGUUUGCAAGCCACGUGAUGACCUUUGUGUUCGUCAUUUGUCAGAGUUGCGGCAACUGGAGUGCCUUUCCCUACAGGCGGCGCGAGAAAUUGGAGAAACACAGCUCUCCCUGCUGGUGGCCAACAAUGAGCGGCUGCGGUAUCUAAACAUCUGCUUUUGCCCUGGCAUCACAGACGCCUUCGUUCUGGAUACUCUCGGCAGUUUGUCCAGACGCACAGUUCACCAACCUCUGGAGCUUUUUGCUGCGGCCACUGACAUCAGGCAUGACAUCAUGGAGCGGGUGCCGCAUGAAUUUCCUGUAAAAAUGCUCAGUUUAAACUUUGAGUGCAGCGAGGGAAUGACCAGCGGGGGGCACUUUUAUGCCGAUGAGGCAGAAUUCGAUCGCCAAGCUGUAUGAGGCCUUAUUCGUACCACAACGAAUGAAUCUUACAUCAUUACCAAAAAACCAAACUAAAUUAAUAUUUCUUAUAUACAGCUUUAUUCGUGAUCUUACCACUUUGAGUGGUAUUCUUUUGUUAUUGCACCCCGAUGUAUUCAAACUUUUUCACUGCAUAAUUAAAAAAAAAUAUAUAUCUCAA